GUUUUCCAUUCCCCAAAGUCAUCUCCAAAUUUUCCUACGAUGAGAGGGAAUAGUAUUUUGGGGGAAAAAACCGACCCAUACCCGAAUCCAUUUGUCACCGGAUCUUGUUAGUUGGAGACAGAGAGAGCACUGAGAUUGACUGAAAGAGCAGCAAUAUUUCAAUUUUUGUUUCUUUCUUUUCAAAAUUGAGACUUUCGAACUCGAACGGACCUCAUGGCGAAGCCCGAGCCCGAACCCAGGGCUCGAACCGUUCUCGAACCACUCACCCAAUUUGACCUCUCUACCCACUCACAAUCCCCGACCCGAUCCCUCGCCAUCUCCACCGUCUCCGAUUCCCAAACCCUUAUCUACAUCGGAACUCUCGCCGGAACCCUAAUUCUCCUCCAAUCCUCUCCUAAAACCACCUCCUUUUUGCAAGCCAUUACGGUCGCCGAUGGUUCCCCGAUCGAUCGCAUUAUCGUCCUCCCCGAGAUCGCAAAGCUUCUCGUUCUUUCCGAUGGAUCUCUGUUCUUGCUCGAUUCGUUUCUGUCACAGCCCGCCAAGAAGCUCGCUUUCUUCAAAGGAGUCUCCGCGAUCACCAGGCGAUUUCGUAGCACUGGUAAUCAAACCGAGAGUACGGAUUUCAUCGACAGCACCGCUGAUUCUUCUUCUUCGGAGUACGCGAGCGCGAGUCAACGGCUUUUACAGAGGUUGAGUGGUGGAAUCAGAUCAAACGGUUUGAAAAUCAAAGAAUCCGAACAACAGCAACAACAACAGCAGCAGCAGCAGCAACAGAGUGAAGCUAAUAAUUUAGGUCACUUCGUUUUCGCAGUUGUGAUUGGUAAAAGAUUGAUACUUGUAGAGCUCGUUUUAGGCAAUAGAGUGAACAAAACCGACGUUGACGUUAAUGGCGUAUACGGUUCUCUCGUGGUUUUGAAAGAAAUUCAAUGUAUCGAUGGGGUUAUCACACUUGUGUGGCUUGAUGAUUCCAUAGUUGUUGGUACGGUUAACGGUUAUAGUUUGUUUUCGUGUGUUACGGGACAAAGCGGGAUUAUAUUUACGUUGCCGGAUAUGUCUACCCCGCCACGGCUCAAAUUAUUGUGGAAAGAGUGGAAUGUGUUGUUGUUAGUGGACAAUGUGGGUGUUCUUGUCGAUGAACACGGCCGGCCAGUUGGUGGGAGCUUGGUGUUCAGGCGUGGCGGACCGGAUUCUAUUGGGGAGAUGUCUUCCUAUGUGGUUGUUGUGAGGGAUGGGAAGAUGGAGGUGUAUCAUAAGAAGUCGGGUAGGUGUAUUCAAUCGAUAAGUUUUGGUGGGGAAGGAGUUGGAGCUAGCGUUGUUGCUGAUGAGGAAGUUGGGAGUGGGAAACUUGUUGCUGUUGCAACACCCAACAAGGUUAUUUGCUAUCGUAAAUUACCUUCUGAAGAACAAAUCAAAGACGUUUUGAGAAAGAAGAACUUUAAAGAAGCCAUUGCCUUGGUGGAGGAACUUGAGUGUGAUGGUGAAUUGUCAAAGGAUAUGCUCUCCUUUGUUCAUGCUCAAGUGGGGUUUCUAUUGCUGUUUGACCUGCAUUUUGAGGAAGCAGUAAAUCACUUUUUGCAGUCAGAGACAAUGCAGCCUUCUGAAAUAUUUCCAUUUAUAAUGCGAGAUCCAAAUCGCUGGUCACUGCUGGUUCCUAGAAACCGAUAUUGGGGUUUGCAUCCACCCCCUAAACCUGUUGAAGAUGUUGUAGAUGAUGGGUUGUUGGCUAUCCAAAGAGCUACCUUCCUGAGAAAAGCAGGUGUAGAAACUUUAAUAGAUGAUGAUUUUCUUUUGAAUCCACCAAGUAGAGCUGAUUUAUUGGAGUCAGCAAUCAAGAACAUUAUCAGCAUGCCUCUCUCCCUAACCACUGCAGUGCCAUGGGGUAAAGUAAACGGGGGAGGGUGGUGCAGGAUCAGGUACUUGGAAGUUUAUCAGGAGAAAGAGUUAACAUUGCCAGUGAGAGAGGGAGUUGACACACUAUUAAUGUACCUUUAUAGAGCUUUAAAUCGUAUUAAUGACAUGGAAAAGCUGGCAUCUUCAGAAAACAGUUGUAUCGUGGAGGAGUUGGAAACUUUAUUAGAUGACUCUGGCCACCAACGGACGCUUGCCUUCCUCUAUGCAAGUAAAGGGAUUAGCUCAAAAGCUCUUGCUAUUUGGCGCGUUUUGGCAAGGAAUUAUUCAACUGGUCUCUGGAAAGACCCCACUCUGGAGAAUGACAUACAGGAUACCAGUAAUAAUGGUAUCUCCAGUAAGGAGAUUGCUGCAGUUGAGGCAUCAAAGAUUCUUGAGGAAUCUUCUGAUCAAGAUUUGGUUCUACAACAUCUUGGAUGGGUUGCUGAUAUCAACCAGGUGCUUGCUGUUCAAGUUUUAACAUCAGAAAAAAGAGCCAAUCAACUUUCCCCAGAUGAAGUUAUUUCAGCAAUUGAUCCAAGAAAGGUAGAAAUUUUUCAAAGGUACCUCCAGUGGUUGAUUGAAGAUCAGGACUGUGAUGAUACUCAAUUCCAUACAUUAUAUGCUCUAUCACUUGCCAAAUCAGCAAUUGAAGCCUUUGAAGCUGAAAAUACUUAUCAAAACAGUGACAUUGGAAGGGUAGAUGAGACAGUAAUUUCUGAUAAUAGAAUGAACUCGAUCUUUGAAAGUCCACUUCGAGAAAGACUGCAGAUAUUUUUGUCGUCUUCAGACUUGUAUGAUCCAGAGGAAGUUCUUGACUUGAUUGAAGGAUCGGAGUUAUGGUUGGAAAAGGCAAUUCUUUACAGAAAACUGGGUCAAGAGGCAUUAGUGCUCCAAAUUUUGGCAUUGAAACUGGAAGAUAGUGAAGCAGCUGAACAGUAUUGUGCAGAGAUUGGCAGACCAGAUGCCUAUAUGCAGUUACUCGAUAUGUAUUUGGAUCCACAAGACGGUAAGGAGCCAAUGUUUAAGGCUGCUGUUCGCCUUCUACACAAUCAUGGAGAAUCAUUGGAUCCUUUGCAAGUUUUGGAGAAAUUGUCUCCAGAUAUGCCCCUCCAACUAGCCUCUGAGACAAUAUUGAGAAUGUUUAGAGCUCGCCUUCAUCAUCAUCGUCAAGGGCAGAUCGUGCGUAAUAUGUCCCGUGCUGUAGACGUCGAUGCGAGGUUAGCAAGAUUGGAGGAAAGAUCAAGACAUGUCCAGAUCAAUGAUGAGAGCCUUUGUGAUUCCUGUCAUGCCCGACUUGGAACUAAACUGUUUGCAAUGUACCCAGAUGAUACCAUCGUCUGUUACAAGUGUUUUCGUCGUCAGGGUGAGUCGACUUCUGUCACAGGUCGCAACUUCAAGCAAGAUAUUCUAAUCAAACCGGGUUGGCUUGUGACCCGAUGAUCUAGAGAAAGAUGAUGUAGCUGUGGAUGUUCAAGACUUUAAUGCUCUACAGCUCGGGGUUCGAAAUAAUACCUCCAGAUUUUGACAAAUUAGAGUCUGUAGUAGUUCUGGAAGCGUGUUAAUGAAGUUCAGUGGAGGUCAAGAUCCUUACAUGCUCAUGUUAGAGGCAUAAAUCGAAGUAUCAUCUUUGUAGAGUAUAACCAUAGAAUCUACAUACGGCACAACAUCAUAUGAUUGGUACACUGACUAUGUAUGCAUUGCUUCCACAUUGUAAAUGCCUCAAUUUUUUUGCUAAUGGUUAUGCGUUGCUGGGAUGUUGUGUAU